AAAGCCUCGUUAUGAAUUUCGGUCAUUUGGCCCCAAGCACCCGCUGUGACCAGUAACAUUGCAUUUCAAAAUGGCGGCUCACGUGUUUUCGACAAUAGCUGUAGUACUUGUACUUCAGUGUUGUAUGAUGUCCUUAGCAAUCAGUAACAGUUCAAUAGAAGCAAAUGGUGGAAAAUUAGAAGCAAAACCGCAGUUAACCGGCAGUAAUACUACCCAGACAAACCUGACUUCUUCCACAACAACCGAAAAAAUGCAAAAUACAAAUAUAACUGAGCCUGGCAAUCAAAAUUAUACAGAAACCUCUACCUCGUCAUCUGCUCAUAUAACAGAGACAACAUCACCUACACCGCAUACCAAUAAAACGAAUUCCCCUACCCCGAAAUCGCCUGUCACACCGGAUACGAGUUCCACUAUCCCGCCAACUGUUAAAGCAGACAAUGGAACGACUGUGCCGCCAAUCGUUGUAACAUCAUCAACUGAACCUACAGGGUCUACUAAUACAACAACCGUUGCAGCAUCAUCAAGCAUGUCUCCUGGCGCAACUGCAGGAGCUGUGAUAGGAGGUCUGGCAGGAGCUGGACUUCUAAUUUUUGUAGGGAAACUAGUCUAUACAAAAUUCUUUUAAAAUAAGUGUUACUAGUUUAUAGUUAAGUUGUUAUUAUUGCCAGAAUUAGAUAAUUGAAGUAGACGCGUGUCAGUGCAGCCGAAUCUCUGUUUUUACUUUGGCUGGUUCUUUUCAAAGUUAGAUUCAUUGUAAUGUAAAGUUCUUUAUCUAUAGUGCUGUUGCUGCAAACUUAGGCUCAUGUAUAAAAACUUUGUACAAAAUAAAUUGUAAGUUGU